AAGAGACUCAAAAGCCCUGCGCUGACGACUUAGGCCUGGCUCACUCCCGAGAGCCCCAAAGGAGACUCUUCCUGUUGAGACUGAUCUCAUUCCCAGAGCCAGCCCACGAUUCCAGACCCCCAGCUCUGGGCCAAGGCUCCAGUGGGAUCCAAAGCACAGUGAGGAAACCUGGGGCCUUGCCUGCAUGUGCUUCCACCGGAACUAGGCUACACACUUUACACACUUAGCAGACCAGAGGUACAGCUCAGGACUGGGUCCCAUCUCCACUAUUGCUCUCCUCAGGCUUUCAUGGUGACUUCUUGAUGACCUUGAUUCUCUUCUGCCAGCAACUUCUGGGCAGGAGACAUGGCUCUGCUCAGAUGGGGACUGAGAAGACAGAACUUCCAUCCGUUGAGGAGGAGGAGAGCGUUGCUGCUGAAACUCACAGUCGUCGUCAUCUCUGUGCUUCUGUUUUGUGAAUAUUUCAUCUAUUACCUGGUCCUCUUCCGGUGUGGUUGGCCUGAGGUGAAGACCCUAGCCCAUGGCGGUAGUCAGGAGCCUGUACUGAAAGCCAUGUUUCUAGCCGACACUCACUUACUCGGGGAGAUAAGAGGGCACUGGCUGGACAAAUUACGAAGGGAGUGGCAAAUGGAGAGAGCUUUUCAGACAGCUCUGUGGUUGCUGCAACCGGAAGUCGUCUUCAUUUUGGGGGACAUCUUUGACGAAGGGAAGUGGAGUUCCGCCCAGGCCUGGGCAGACGACGUGCAGAGGUUUCAGAGGAUGUUCAGACACGGCAGCCAGGUGCAGCUGAAGGUGGUCAUUGGCAAUCAUGACGUUGGCUUCCACUACCAGAUGAGUAAAUACAGAACAAAGCGAUUUGAGAAAGUGUUCGGCUCUGAAAGACUGUUCUCUCUGAAAGGAGUUAACUUUGUCAUGGUCAAUAGCGUCGCAAUGGAAGGGGAUGGUUGUGCCAUAUGCUCUGAAGAGGAAGCUGAACUCAGAGAGAUCUCUCGUAAACUGAAUUGCUCCCAAGAGCAGGUGCCGGGAUCCAACCAGUGUGACCGUGAGCCGCGGCUCCCCUUGUCCGCCCCCGUGUUGCUGCAGCACUACCCACUCUACCGGGCCAGCGAUGCCAAUUGUUCUGGUGAAGAUGCGGCUCCUCCAGAGGAAAGGAACGUCCCCUUUGAGGAGAAAUAUGAUGUUCUUUCUCGGGAAGCCUCACAAAAGCUGUUGUGGUGGCUCCGGCCUCGCCUGGUCCUGAGUGGCCACACGCACAGUGCCUGUGAGGUGCACCAUCCCGGAGGAACUCCGGAGGUGAGCGUCCCAUCCUUCAGUUGGAGGAACAGAAACAACCCAAGCUUCAUCAUGGGCAGCCUGACAUCCAGAGAUUACGCUCUCUCCAAGUGCUACCUCCCGUAUGAGGACACGGUGCUGACCACGUACGGCGCAGCAGCUGGCUUCCUCAUGAUCCUCGUCUUGGUUCACUUUGACCAUCUGCCCUCAUGUUUUCUGUGUGGUUGGAAACUGUGCAGGCUGCACGUGAGGCGAUGACGAGCCAGUGACUGUUGCGUAUGAAAGAUAACACGAAUCAAAGCCAAAGACAUAGGACUUAUAGCGGGGGGGGG